CAAAAAUUCGUCUAUACCAGGACAGCUAAAUGUACCGUGUCCCAUGUAUUCGCCUCAUUUGAUCGCGAGAUCUCUUGUUCGAGGAUCACCCAGCUCGGUGUACUUGCUGUAACCGACAAAAUACGCAUCAUGUUUUUCCUUUACAACCUUGAACGGCAGGUAACCUUACACCCCUCAUACUUCGGUCGAAACAUGCACGAAUUGGUUACGGGCAAACUUUUGCAGGACGUCGAGGGAACAUGCACGGGUCGAUAUUUCAUCAUCACCAUUAUGGAUGCCUUUAAUAUCUCAGAGGGGCGGAUUCUACCAGGUAGCGGUCUCGCCGAGUUCACAGUAGGCUACCGUGCUGUCGUAUGGAGACCUUUCAAGGGCGAAACUGUUGAUGCCAUUGUCACAUCAGUCAAUCAGGUUGGAUUUUUUGCGGACGCUGGACCUCUCCCUCUCUUUGUUUCGGCUCAUCUCAUUCCGCCUGACAUCAAAUUCGAUCCUAAUGCGAUUCCGCCCCAGUUUACAAAUAAUGAAGAUUCAGUCAUCGAGAUGCUUACAAGCCUCGUGAUAUUAACUCACGGUAGCAUCGAAAUCUAG